AACUAGAACCUUUUCUUUCCGAACAAGAAAAGAGUUGUGUUCUCUCUCUAUCUAUAAAUAUCCCCGACCCAUCCUCUUCUGCCAUUACUUGCUUUACUCUUCGUGUUUCUCUUCGCUGCAACAGAUUCAUUGUUGUCUUCGUCUUCUUCUCCUCCUCGAACAUGGCCAAUCAAGCGGAAUCUUCUGACUCUAAGGGAACGAAGAGGGACUUUAGCACGGCGAUCCUGGAGCGCAAGAAGGCCCCGAAUCGGCUUGUUGUGGACGAGGCAAUCAACGAUGACAACUCGGUCGUCACGCUCCACCCAGAUACCAUGGAAAAGCUCCAGCUGUUUCGGGGCGACACGAUCCUGAUCAAGGGGAAGAAAAGGAAAGAUACCAUCUGCAUUGCUCUUGCUGAUGAAGCAUGCGAUGAACCAAAGAUAAGGAUGAACAAGGUUGUGAGAAGCAACCUGAGGGUUAGGCUAGGAGAUGUCGUUUCUGUCCACCAGUGUGCAGAUGUCAAAUAUGGAAAGCGUGUGCACAUACUUCCCGUUGAUGAUACCAUUGAAGGGGUCACCGGAAAUCUAUUUGAUGCGUAUUUGAAACCUUAUUUCUUGGAGGCAUACCGCCCAGUGAGGAAGGGUGAUUUAUUUCUUGUCAGAGGGGGAAUGAGAAGUGUAGAGUUCAAGGUUAUUGAGACUGACCCACCAGAGUACUGUGUGGUUGCCCCAGACACAGAGAUCUUCUGUGAGGGAGAACCUGUGAGAAGGGAGGAUGAGAAUAGAUUGGAUGAAGUUGGUUAUGAUGAUGUUGGUGGUGUUAGGAAACAGAUGGCACAGAUUCGUGAAUUAGUGGAGCUGCCCCUAAGGCAUCCACAACUAUUUAAAUCGAUAGGUGUCAAGCCACCAAAAGGAAUUCUGUUGUAUGGCCCCCCUGGGUCUGGGAAGACUCUAAUUGCCCGGGCUGUUGCCAAUGAAACUGGUGCCUUCUUUUUCUGCAUCAACGGGCCAGAGAUCAUGUCAAAAUUGGCUGGGGAAAGUGAGAGCAACCUCAGGAAAGCAUUUGAGGAAGCUGAGAAGAAUGCACCAUCCAUCAUUUUCAUUGAUGAGAUUGACUCUAUUGCUCCCAAGCGAGAGAAGACUCAUGGAGAAGUUGAGAGGAGAAUUGUUUCUCAGCUCUUGACACUUAUGGAUGGGUUGAAAUCUCGUGCACAUGUUAUUGUCAUUGGGGCUACAAAUCGUCCCAAUAGCAUUGACCCUGCUUUGAGAAGGUUUGGAAGAUUUGACAGGGAAAUAGAUAUUGGUGUCCCGGAUGAAGUUGGACGCCUUGAGGUUCUCCGUAUCCAUACAAAGAACAUGAAGCUUGCUGAAGAUGUUGAUUUAGAAAGAAUUGCUAAGGAUACCCAUGGUUAUGUUGGUGCUGAUCUAGCAGCUCUAUGUACUGAGGCCGCACUUCAAUGCAUCAGAGAAAAGAUGGAUGUGAUUGACUUGGAAGAUGAGACAAUCGAUGCGGAGAUACUUAAUUCAAUGGCCGUUACAAAUGAGCACUUCCAAACAGCUCUUGGUACAAGCAACCCAUCUGCUCUCCGUGAAACUGUUGUUGAAGUGCCCAAUGUCAGUUGGGAGGAUAUUGGAGGUCUCGAGAAUGUUAAGAGGGAACUUCAAGAGACUGUUCAAUACCCAGUGGAGCAUCCUGAGAAAUUUGAGAAGUUUGGAAUGUCACCAUCCAAGGGAGUUCUUUUCUAUGGCCCUCCUGGAUGUGGGAAAACGCUGCUGGCCAAAGCUAUUGCUAAUGAAUGCCAGGCAAACUUUAUCAGUGUCAAGGGUCCUGAGUUGCUUACGAUGUGGUUUGGUGAGAGUGAAGCCAAUGUACGUGAAAUAUUCGACAAGGCCCGCCAAUCUGCUCCUUGUGUUCUAUUUUUUGAUGAACUUGACUCAAUUGCUACUCAGAGAGGUAGCAGUGUAGGAGAUGCUGGGGGUGCUGCUGAUAGGGUUUUGAACCAACUCUUGACAGAAAUGGAUGGCAUGUCUGCAAAGAAAACUGUAUUCAUCAUUGGGGCCACCAACAGACCUGAUAUUAUAGAUCCUGCACUCCUGCGACCUGGUCGUCUUGAUCAGUUGAUCUACAUCCCUCUCCCCGAUGAGGAGUCCCGGUUCCAAAUAUUUAAGUCUUGCUUGAGGAAAUCUCCAGUUUCCAAAGGUGUUGAUCUCAGAGCUCUUGCCAAGUAUACUCAAGGCUUUAGCGGUGCUGAUAUUACAGAGAUAUGCCAGCGUGCAUGCAAAUAUGCUAUAAGAGAGAACAUUGAGAAAGAUAUUGAGAGGGAAAGGAGGGGAAGAGAGAAUCCUGAGGCAAUGGAGGAGGAUAUUGAGGAUGAAGUGGCAGAGAUUAAGGCAGCCCAUUUUGAGGAAUCAAUGAAGUAUGCUCGGAGGAGUGUGAGUGAUGCUGACAUUCGCAAAUACCAGGCAUUUGCUCAAACAUUGCAGCAAUCAAGAGGGUUUGGAUCUGAGUUUAGGUUUGCCGAUAACCCUUCUACUGGGGCUGCUGCAUCUGACCCUUUCGCAACUACUGCUGCUGGCGCAGACGAUGAUGACCUUUACAGUUAGAGAUUUGCCUUGGUGUCUUAUUUAUUAUAUUUGACAUUCCUACUUUACAUUUUCAUUUGUAAUCCAUUACAUUUGGUGGUUUAAGAUAUUAUUGAAUUGCCCUUGUCCAAGGAGACCUUAGAGUUUUGCCACCUGAUGACUCUUCAAGUUUCAUCAAACGGUUCAUUGAUUUGAUAGUUGCAAACUUUUUCAAGCCUUUU